UCCUCUUUUUUCUAUAAAACCCCUCGCUCUUGUCCUAAAAAUGGCACAAGGCCACACCCCGCAGAUCCCAGCAGCCCAACUCCUCCCCUCCCUCAUCCAGCUCCCCUACGUCCCCGGCCGCCGACGAGCUCAGCAGGGAUCUUGCGACUCGCGAAGAUGACUACUUCCAGGCGCCUUGCUGACAGGAAAACUGCCAAGUUCCAGAAGAACAUUACCAAGAGGGGUUCGGUGCCUGAAACCACUGUCAAGAAGGGGAAUGACUAUCCUGUUGGACCCAUAGUGCUUGGAUUCUUCAUCUUUGUGGUCAUCGGAUCAUCUCUGUUUCAGAUAAUCAGGACAGCGACCAGCGGCGGGAUGGCUUGAGAAUGAGGAUAUGCAGAAGAUUUGUCGCCGUAGCAGCUAAAAACCAUUCGUUGUUGGCGUAGUGUGUUCCUGUGUGUUAUGAGCUUCCUCGUCUUAUAGUACCAGGGUCUAAAAUGAUGUUUGAUGAACUGUAAACAGAGCUAAGUUAUCAAUCUUAUACAUGUUAAAUUGAUAUAUCUGCCCUGA